AAGUCUGGUCUCUUUCCGGCUGCUCCCGACUCAGUGUUCACUUCAUCUCUGCCUGACCGCGGAGUGAGAUCUCGUCAUGCUGAGAAACGGCGCGUACAGCAUGCACCAGGGAGAGGAGGCGAGGCUGCGCAGCGGGACCCAGGCUGUCGCUCGGGACAGGAAGCACCUUGCUCUGUGCAUUAAUAACCAGGAAGAAGUGAAGAGGUAUCACCGCUACUGCAACCGCAGCACAGGGAAGGCAGCUCCCAAGGUGGAGAGAUGCUUCCUCUGCCAUAAAAUGCCUUAUUUUACAAUGGGAAAUCCUUACUCCUACACAAAAACUCCAGUUUCAAAGCCAUUUGAAAUAAGCCGUCCUCAGAGGAGCGAGGAGGAAGAUGACAAUAGCCCUCGUCGUCGUGAGCAACCGCACCUGGAGAUCAAGGCUAUUGUGAUCCAGCGCGCCUGGCGUGCGACCAUGUCCCGCAGAGACAGUGGGCAGGGACGAGAUGAGAACCAUACCAGCCAUCAUUGGGGUGGGACGGCGCUGUCAGAGAGCCUCCAGGACCCUCUGAUGACCACUGGUAUUUCUCCGGAGCAGCUGAAGAGCCUCCAGAGUGGCUUCAAGCAUGUUAAUGAUGGAGAUUUCCAACUGCAGAGUAAUCAUCUGACCAUGGAUCUGGACAACAACAUCAACAUCAACGUGCCACCCGUUGAGACCAAGGUGUUGAUCAUUCAACGGGCUUGGCGGGACUUCCUCCAGAGACAGGAAGCGGAGAAGAGGAGCCCCUCCCCUCCUUCCCUCUCGUCUUCUGACAAGAUGAGCAUGUCAAUCAGCAUGACGACCUUGUCGGAUGGCAGCACCCCAGAUUACCGGGAGGAUGGCAUGGACCUGGGGAGUGAUGCAUCCAGCCGCUCCAGCUCAGAGUCCAACUCAAACAAGGUUACACCUUGCUCCCCUUCUCUCGACCUGGCUACCUUGGAGGACUACAAAUCCUCCCCUUCUCCAGACCUGGUCACUUUAGAGGACUAUGAGGAGGACGAGGACUACCAAGAGUAUAAGAAGAAGGUGAUAGAAGAGUGGGAGAGUGAGUAUGGAGAGGACUACACCUCUCCACAGCCUCCUGGUCAGGAGCAAGACAGAGGAGGCACUGUGGGGGCUGAAAGCCUUGACGAAGGCUACAGGAAGACAGUGAACAGUCGCAACCUUGCUGAAGAAUACCAGGAUGUAAAGACCGUGCCGCCCCUCCCGGCUCCCAGCGGACGCACUGUCGCCUCAGUUGCUGCCGUCCCAGAAGAACUGAAACAGAAUGGCAAUCUGAUUUUGCCCAGGAGCAACCAGCUCCACUCCCAGAAAACACCAAAGGGGGGCACAGGGACUUCCAAGCCCAGCCACCGCAGCUCUAGUCAAGGCAGGGGGAGCCGCAGAAGUGCUGGGGGUGCUGGUGGAGGAGGCGGAGGAGGCAGUGGAGGGGCUGGGGGACGAAUGGUAGGAUACAGAGAGGAGGAGCGUGUAGAGGAAGAACCUCUGCCCACCAUGGACUGGGCAGCCCUGGAAAGGCACCUGGCAGGGCUGCAGUGCAGAGAGCAGGAGAACCAGAACCUCAACCACAACCAGAACCAUAACACGGGAAAGACCAGCUACACCUCAGCCCAAAAGAAUGAGAGGGAGUCCAUCAGGCAGAAGUUGGCCCUGGGCAGUUUCUUUGACGAUGGGCCGGGCAUCUACACCAGCUGCAGCAAGAGUGGCAAACCCAGCCUGUCCUCACGGCUUCAGAGCGGGAUGAACCUCCAAAUCUGUUUUGUCAACGACAGUGGCAGUGACAAGGACAGCGAUGCAGAUGACAGCAAGACAGAGACCAGUCUGGACACACCCCUGUCCCCCAUGUCCAAGCAGAGUUCGUCCUACUCGGACAGGGACACCACAGAGGAGGACUCAGAGUCUCUGGAAGAUAUGGACUUCUUGAGUCGACAAAAGAAGCUACAAGCUGAGGCGAAGCUAGCCCUGGCUAUGGCCAAGCCCAUGGCCAAGAUGCAAGUGGAGGUGGAGAAACAGAAUCGCAAGAAGUCGCCAGUGGCCGACCUGCUUCCGCACAUGCCUCACAUCAACGAGUGUCUAAUGAAAAGAAGCCUGAAACCCACUGACUUGAGAGACAUGACACUGGGACAGCUCCAGGUUAUAGUCAAUGACCUGCACUCACAGAUCGAGAGUCUGAACGAAGAGCUUGUACAGUUGCUGCUGAUCCGAGACGAGCUACACAUGGAGCAGGAUGCCAUGCUGGUUGACAUCGAGGACCUCACCAGGCAUGCUGAGAGCCAGCAGAAACACUUGGCUGAGAGGACCCUGUCCAAAUAAGAUGCCCGCCCGUGCUCCACCCUGUUCCCCUCUGCCAAGCUUAGCCCCUGCUCCAAACCAGACUUUUCCCCUCCAACCAUUCCACCUCUUCCAUCCAAAUCCCCCCACUUGUCCCAAGUAUUUUUGCUCCUUGCUGCUUCCCUGUCUGCACCCCUGUCUACCUUCUUGUCCAAACCCACUGACCCCAGUGGCAGCAGCAGCAGCAUAGAAGAAAGCCCCCCUUCUUUCAUUUGCUUCUGUGGUUUUCUCCCAGUGCUUACGACGGACAGAGGAGCACUUCCUGGGAGAAGAGGAAACCGACUGUCUGUCCCCAGCUUCCUGUGCAGUGAUCGGCCUCGCUUUGCUAUGAUUUCUUUUUAACUUUCUACAUUCACCACUAAAUUAUAAUUGUUCAAAUGCAAAAAUUGUGGGAAAAAAAUAAAAUAAUAGUGAAAAAUUUAGUAGAAAGUCAGUCAUGAGAACAAAACACUGUAUAAAAAUGAUGGAAAACUAACUUCUUCAGCCCAUUUUAAGUUGGACAGUAAUUUUAAAGUAUUUCAAAGUUUUUAUUCUGCACAAAUGGUAGUUUUCAACUGAGAAAAGUUUAUUUGAAGGUGCUAAAAGAGUGUAAAGGAAACAUGCCUGCCUUGUAGUUGAGUCGUAGCUUUUGGUAAAAUGUUCACUCUAAUUGCUCUUCAACAUUUUGUGAAUGUUGAUUUUCUGACACAUCAUUUUAAACGAAUAAGUGUGUUAAUAUUGUUUUCAUCCUAUUGUAUUCAGAAACUUUUAUUUGAGGGAAGAAAUGUUUAUGUACAGAUAAUGUAAAAUAAAGAAUC